CUAUCCCAAUAGAAAUGGGUAACAGGCUAUUUGAGGCUGCUCAAACAGGAAAUAUCCAAAUUUUGCACCAACUGCUUGCUGAGAAUCCCUUCAUACUUCACACAAUUGAACUUUCUUCACAAGGCUUCAAUCCCUUAGACAUUGCUUCCACCGCCGGACAUGUUGAGUUUGUUAAGGGGAUUAUAAGAUUCAGACCGGAUUUUGCCAAACAAGUGAAUCAAGAUGGUUUUAGCCCCAUCCAUAUAGCAGCUGCUAUUGGUAAUUUGGAGAUAGUGAGGGAGUUUAUGAAAGUUGACCGGAAACUCUGCCAGUUAGAGGGAAGAAAUAGAUGGACAGCUCUUCAUUAUGCAGCUAGCAGAGGGAAGGUAGACACAAUUGAAGAAAUGCUAUUAGCUUGUCCAGAGAGCAUUGAAGUUGUGACAGUGCAAAAUGAAACUGCUUUGCAUCUUGCUGUUAAGAACAGCCAAUUCCAGGCAAUCAAUUUCAUGGUGACAUGGGUCAGAGAAAUGAAGAAGGAUGAGAUCUUAGAUAUGAAAGAUGAACAUGGCAAUUCAAUUCUUCACCCUGCUGCAUGGAGAAAACAACGCCACGCAAGGAAAAUCUCAUCACUUUUACUUUUUUUUUAUUUUAUUUUUUUUUUUUAACAUCUCAGAGAUUGAACUAAUUAAUUAAAAACUAUAUCUGAGGAAUGCAUUUUGUUUCGUGUA